UAUGGCGACGAUUCGAAAUGAUCAUUCCACCUGGACUAACUAUAACUAUAAGGUUUCAGCUCUUGACGCGGUUUUUGACAUUCCAAUGCGGUGUGUCAGCGCUUAUUCUGUGUCAAAAGAAGAAUUGUGGACAAUUGUAGAGUAAAAUAUGGGUAAUGGAGCUCAAUCAAGGCCUGGAAACCCCACGAAUAUACAGCCAGCUAAUAAUUUCAUAAGAUCACAACGAAGUUGUGAUAUGAACGGUUAUGUCGCUAAUGGUGGUGAGACGAAUCACGGCAUAUUUCAACCCUACGAUGGUGUUCAAUCUCAGCAUUUUGCAUCACCUUUCACUAGAAAUGAACCUUCAUCUUAUCAUUCCGGUCCAUAUGACUCAGCUGAUCAUUUCGACGACUACGAAGUAGACAUGAGUAUCGAGCGUGCGGUUGCUCCGCAUUCCCGAUCAUGUUCCCAAUCGUAUAGCGGGAUGGACAGACCAGACGGGCCAGUUUAUCGUUCAACUUCAAAAGGAGUUUAUGAACAGUCAAAAAUCGGGAAUAGAAAUCGAUUAGCCGACCAGGCAGGAGGGAUUUCAAAUUCAACUUCUGAUGACAUUGUAUUCGAGGUCUUUCAUUGCCUAAAGACGGGAAAAGAUUACAGUGUGAUAAAUUUGGAAGGUCAAAGGUAUUUCGUCGACUCUUGGAAUUCAGGUAUAUAUCUCCGGGUAGCAACAGUGAGCAUGUGUUUUCCUAUGAUGUUAGUGGUGAAAGUUAAGGGAAUAAAGGGGAGGUGGGGCCAGAGGGGGUAGCCGUUGGGGUAUGCUACAAUGUUCAUGAUGCUUACUUGCCCGGACUUGUUUUAGGAUCACUAAAUCACUUUGCAGCCUAAAAUGGAGAUUAUAUAAUUUUUUCAGUUCUUGUUUCUAAAUGAUUUCCAAAGUAAUAAUAAUAGAACAGAUGUUCUUGGGCAUAAAUGUCUUUUGGGCUCUUCUCAGGGCUCAUUUUAACUUUUAAAUUACUCUGAGUGGGGCCCAAAACAUAUGUGUGCACAUAAGCAUAGUUUAUCUUAUUUUAUUAUACCUCUAAGACCCAUGAGAAUGUGGAAAAUCUGAUAGGAUUAUAGUGGAACACAAUAUUCCCCUCUAAGUAUUGUCUGAGAAAAUGAUUUUGAAAUUACUUAGGGUCUGUAUAGAUAGGCAAGUGGCCAAGUUUCUAAGAAGAUCACUCACCUGACCAAACAAAUAUCAACAUAUUUAUGCAAAGUGAUAUUUUAUUAAGGUGAACAUCAUCAGUAUGUUCAUUGACCCAUUGACUUUCUAUGUGACACAUCAGGAAAUAUGAACCAAUUAAGAAAGUUAUCAAUUAAUUCUUUUUAUUUGUGGGGAUACUCAUUAUAAAGGAGGAUUGGAAUGAUCUACUGUGCUCUGUUCUGCUCUUCAUUGUAGCUAAAAGGAGUAUCAUUUCCUGUGGAAGGGGUACCUUUUGUUCAAAUGUGUUACAUUCAGGGUAGAGCAUCCUCAUUGAAGAAUUUUGUUGAGGCCUCUCUUGGCAUAUGAUCUAUCAUAUUCAUCCAGGGUUGGUAUAAACCAGGUAUUGUGUGGAUAAGGGGAGCCUCCAGGCAAUAAACAGAGCACUAGUUUUGUUAACCCUUUAAUUCCCAAGAUCUGAUUGUUAAUUCUCCCCUGUAGCUGCUACACAUUUCCUUGUAAAUUAGCUAUGAGAACUUGGUGCUAAAUCAAGACAGUAGCUUCUACCUGAUAAGUUUGAAUAUUCUCAUUACCUGUUUGCUGAAGAAUGUAUGGAUAUUGUAAGGAGAAGUUUUGUGUUAAUCACUUCUGGGAAUUAAAGGGUUAAUAUUAUGUAUUCUGCUAUUGCUUCUUACAUAUAGGUAAUGAGUUGCAGCCAUUUCCUGAGGAGUGGUACCAACACGGUUACAUAGAGAGUGACCAAAGACUAGGGACAGGAGAGUAUGGAUAUGAUGACACAGCUCAUGGUCCUGCUAUGCAGUCACAAAGUGCUUGGGUACCAAGAUGGAAAGAUGAUCGCAUGGGGUUGAUGGAGCAUCCAUCUAGAGGUGCAGUGCUCUUUAUUGUGAUUACAUGUAUUGUUAUGGGGAAACUUUUUGUUGUAGUAUGAUUGGCUAAUUUUACAUGCAUUACUGUGCUUUUGAGGUAUCAAUGGUGUUUCAAGACGAGGGGUUGGGGGGGGGGUCGGUCCAGAAUCUUUCCUCACCCCUCAUGCCUAUCAAGCCUGUGGAUCUAGUGUCCUGUUCAUUUACACUCAUGGCUAGUGUGAAUUUAAGAAAAGGGUUAAGGAGUCAUCAUAACUGUCAGUUCUCACUGGUAACUUAUGACUUAACUGCAUUAAUGUACAAAUUUGUUCUGAAUCUUAUUCUAGGACUAUUGACUACGUACUUUGAAGAAACUAAGUUGAAUGUACUAAAUGUUUACGACCAACAUUCUGGCACAUGGUUGAAGAUGCCUCUGUCAUGGGAGAUGUAUGUACCAGAUGUACAAUCGCGGCUGGUGACCAUUCAGGAGACAUUUCCAUAUUGGACCGAUACCUCUGAGAUACUUGCGUUGUUGAGACAGUGUAAUUAUGAUCUUGAUGAGGUCCUUAACACUUACAUGACGCUGUUUGAGGACGCGAAUCCCACAGCAGAGAAGACUCCUUUGAAGCUUGCAAAUAGCUCUUCGAUUAGUAAAGAGCAAGCAGUGGAGAUGGAAGGCUUGACGAAAAGAAUUGGACAGCUAGAGGAGCAACUCCGAGAUAAAGAUUCUCAGUUGCAAGAGUCUCAAAGGAAGAAUUUGGACUUACAAGAAAAGCUUAAAUCAGCAGAAGAACUAGCAAGAAAACUUCAGAUCAAAGGGACAAGUUUACAACGGGAGAUUCAGCAGCUUAAAUCUGCGCAAACACAACCUCAAGAACCAGUUGUGGCAACGGUUGCCGUGGCGACUCCUAAAGAGGAGAGGGUUUCUAAGGAUACUUGUCUGAAUAUAAAGUCCUCUAUUAAAUUCUUUUCUGAGAAGUUAGCGGAAUUGCGGAAUUGUUUUUCAAGCGAAAUGGAUGGACUUUAUUCAGUUUUAAAUCAGGCGCAAGGGUCUUUGCGUAAGAUGAAACAACAAAACCAAGGCCCUAGCAAGGAACUGAUAGAACUGCGCGCCUUGUACCAUAAAGAGGUACUCGAAAGAAAAUUUUUGUACAAUAUACUCCAAGAACUCCGCGGUAACAUCAGAGUAUUCUGUAGAUGCAGAUUUGAUCCUAAUGCAGAUGAUGUACUUAAUUUCUCCACGGACCAAGACAUAAGUUUGAUAUCAGCAAUGGGACAGAAAAAGUCCUUCAGAUUUGACCGAGUUUUUUUUCCAACCAGUACUCAGGAAGAGGUCUUUCAAGACACUCUCCCUCUUAUUACGUCAUGUGUUGAUGGGUACAAUGUUUGUAUCAUGGCUUACGGUCAAACAGGUACGUGUUCUUAAUGCAAUCUUUAAAAUUAUUCCUUUAAGGCCACCGUUUCUCAUCUGAGUGGCACAGGAGGGAACAUAAAGUGCGGCAUUGAAUAUUAUUUAUCUGGUGGUCUUUGAAAAGUUUUGCCCUCUGCACAUUUUAACUCCUUAGUUUUUAAAUAUUUUUUCUCCCUCGAUAUCAGCCUACAGACGUCUUUGUUGUCGGAAACGAACACCGCUAUUUAGAUGAUAAAGAUUUCUCAACUUUAUUGCCCAAUAAUAGUCUGUUUCGUCUUUUUAUCACAAUGAGAUUUUGGGCGACGUGACUAAUUAUCUCGGGCAAACCAACUAAAGUUUAGUUUCGGGCGAGAUUACUUUUGGGAGACUUGACCAGAUGUUGUUAUAUUUGCCCCUCAGUGUAAGCGGUUCUUAAUUUUUGGGUGUUGCAACGGUUCUACUUUUGUGGUAAAUGAGCAUCGACUUUACUUUCCUUUUUAGGCUCAGGGAAAACGUACACAAUGAUGGGGACAAACGAAGAUCCCGGAGUAAAUAUCAGAUCGAUUCUGGAACUCCUUCGGGUAUGCGACGAACGAACCACCGUGGACUAUACUAUGUGUGUUUCUAUGGUGGAAGUUUAUAACGAAACAGUGAGGGAUCUGCUCAGUGAGAGUGGAAGCUCACAACAACUGACCAUUCAGAUGAGGAACAAACAACUGGUCAUUACUGAUGUCACUGAAGCUAAUGUCAAGUCUGCUGCAGAUAUCAAAGGCAUCAUGGAAAAGGGUAAACGUUUUUUCGAUGUCUGACAUUUGAGUUAUCUUUACCUGUGCUAUUACAAAAGGUGGUAAAAGGGAACUUUGAACGCUUGUUUCCUAUUGAAAUCGAUUUUCACAUUGAGAUCCAUACAUGACUGAAACUAACACUUUCCAUGUUGAAGUUGCUUUAAGAAUAGAUUGAGACUGCUUAACCCUUAACACCUAAUAUCAGUGUGCACAUUCUCCGCACUGUCCUCGUGCAUAUCCCAAGCCGCUGACAGGAGAAUUAGCUAUUAACUUAUCAAUCAAGAACUUCUUGAGGUAAUGAUCAUUUCUUCUAUUUUAGUGAUCGUAACGCUUAAUUCAGGGUGACGCGGAAAGGAAAAAUUAAAUGCUAAUCACUCUGAGGCGCUAAUGAUUGAGUUUCCGAAAAGGAGUCCUGAGGUUCUAAGAAAUGGGCCGUAGUGCUUCGUAUUUUCGUCAAAGGGGGGCAAAAAUCAAACGUUUACGAGCAAUUAUCCUGUAGCAACUCUCUCUUUUUUUGAGUUCAAUUUCAGGUGACUCGAACCGUUCAGUGGGUGCUACCAAAAUGAACACAAACAGCUCCCGCUCCCAUUUGUUACUCCUCUUGAAGCUUUAUGGCACAGAUCGCGUGACAAAUGCCGUCACGCGCGGUACGCUGACCCUUGUAGACCUUGCUGGCUCAGAGAGGAUCUCCAAAACUGAAGCCACAGGACAAAGGCUCGUGGAAGCAGCAGCUAUCAACAAAUCUCUUUCAGCGCUGGGUCAAGUAUUUGCAGCGUUAAGAACGAAUGCAAUGCACGUACCUUACAGAAACUCUAAGUUGACUCAAUUAAUGCAGAGCUCUCUUGGGGGGGACGGCAAGGCGUGUUUGUUUGUUAAUGUUAGCCCGCUCGCCAGUAACCUUAGCGAGACAGCGAGCACGUUACAGUUUGGAUCAGCGGCUAAGCAAGUUGAACUUGGAAAGGCCAAACAGAACAUUACCUAAGCACCAAAGAAAAACUAACCGGAUAAAAUUAAGAGUUUAAAUCAACAAGGACUGAUUGACAUCCAAAUAUCUAUCGAUCCUUGAGUGUUCCUAGACCCGCUAUAUACCGAAGGUUUCAACGACUUCACGAGCCCUAAGCCUUCUGAUAAUAUCUUAAUAUUAGAGUAGGGCAGAUCUUGGCUCAAAAACCAGUCAGUUCUGUUUUGUUUCCUUUUAUUUACACUUUUCAAAUUUCAAAACUCUUAGGCCGGUUAUUUACACGAGGUCCAACCCAAAACGCGGUUUUACGCAAGCAGUGAGUCUCAGGAAUUUUCUUGAAGAGGGUUAAUUUAAUUUAAUAAAUUUCCUCUACUAUUAGCUUCACAAAGAUAAAUAUUCAGAUAAAAGGUUUGGCUAAACUGAAGAUGGCUUAGAACGUAGUUUUAUUAAGCAACGGCUAAACUUUGUUUAAAUAACAAGCCCUUAAUGAGCCGAUCUUGAAUUUAAACACAGCAAACAAAAAGCUGAGCCUUUCAGGGUCGGUAACUCCCGCAACUUUCUAGAAACGAGUCCUUGAAGGGGAAUAACUAGCCAAACAGUUUUUAAAGUUAAAAAUUUAUUUUCCUGCCGUUAACCCAUUCACUCCCAAGAUCUAAAGAUAAACUCUCGCUACUGUCUGCCUUACAUUUCUUAUGAUUUUAGCUUUGAGAAUUUUAUGUUGAAUCUAAAAAUAUUCUGCAAUGUAUAUAUUUUUGAUCUUAUUACCCUCUGCUUGAAGACAUAUCGGCAGUGUAAGGGGAAAUUUCUCAUCGGUCACACCCAGGAGUGAAAGGGUUAAUUUGGGAAGCAGGUGUAGUUUUUAUUAAAAGCGUUUCGUGUUUUUAUGAUGUAUUAUUCCUUCUAAAAAUUUAUAGCGUGAAUAUUGAUUUUUAUAACAAACAUCGAAAAGAUUUGGAUUCAACAAUAAUUUAUUAUUAUCCGCCGCAAAUAUGACAAGAUAAAAACUAUAUUUUACAACAUAGAAAAUGCCAGCAGGUUGAACUAAAGUAAUCUUCAUUACACGUAAAUUUUACGUUAUUCCUUUAAGGACUGAGUUGUCAACCAGUCUUGCUUGCCUCACUCUCUUCAUUUCAAUCACAGACGAUUUCUGGUGUUGUAAAAUGGCAUCUGAACCAUUGACAGUUUCGAUCAGAACAAAGUUCAAAUUCCUUUCGUCUGUAAAGGAUCUUAGGGAUGCGCCAAAUCUUUUUGGCUUCUUGUAAUGUGUUCCAUUGAUCUGAUUGGUCAUUCUGAUUACUUUAGUUUUCGAAAAGCGCUCUGCUGUUUUUGCAUUGGUUUUGACUUCCCUUUGUAAAAGACAGUUC